GCGGACGCGUUGAUAAAUCCAACCGUCCACUGUUUACGAACUUAACAUAGUUUCUUUACGAUACUUUCUAAACCCGUUACUUGUGUGUUAUUUUUAAAACCUCGGAAACAUUAAGAAGAACAAAAUGGCGCCAGACUCGGAAAAAAGGCAAAUAAGUUUCCCCCAGCUGCAUUACCCAGCUAACAGGGGAGAAUUCCCGCAGAUGCCAUUACAAUGGAUUAAUAGCAGGAAGAUACAUGAUGGCGCUGAAGGCUUGUGGAGGAUUCACGAUGGUCUUUAUGAUCUGACGCCAUUUAUUCCAAAUCAUCCUGGAGGUUCUUAUUGGUUGACCUGUACAAAGGGCACCGAUAUAACAGAAGCAUUUGAAACACAUCACCUCAAAGGAGUUGCCGAGAAACUGCUCCCAAAAUACUUUGUAAGGAAAGCGGUGACGCCAAGAAAUUCGCCUUUUACAUUUGAAAAUGAGGAUUUCUAUAAAACACUGAAAACAAAGAUCAUGGAAAAUUUGAAUAUUAUACCGAAAGAUGAGAGAAAUAAAAGCGAUGCCAUAGUAACGUAUUUACUUGCGGCGUUUUUUGUCCUUAGUCCUUUGAGUUGUUGGGCGAUAUCUGAUUAUAAUUUUCUUCUCGGUGCGAUGUUGAUAAUUUCGAAUUCGUAUGUCUUGUCCGCUUUAGUUUGUUGUGGUCACAACUACUCUCAUAGGGCAGACAAUUGGAGAAUGUAUCUGAUGAACCUGAGUGGGAUGACUGUCGAUGAAUGGCGGAUAUCACAUGUUCUAUCACAUCAUGGAUACACCAACACUGCCAAUGACGUAGAGCUGGUUCUAUUCGAACCAAUGCUUCAAUACCUACCAUUGCGAAAUAAACCUAUUUGGGCCCAAAUGGGAGCUUUCUAUUGGCCCGUAAUAUAUUGCUUUGCUUUUCUAAACGGAUUUGUUAAAGAAACUUCAGCAGCAAUUGCAAAGUUUCAAGGCAAAACCUUGACCUGGGAUUUUAUCCUACCCUUUGUUCUUCCUACAUGGAUGCUGUUGGCUGGAGGGUUGCCAUCACACUGGACGUUCAUAGUCUGGUUGGCAACAAUGAUGAUAGGUAGUUUCUUCUUUGUAUUAUAUGGCCUGACCGCUGGCCAUCACGCACAUACAAAUUUCUUUGAGGGAGAUGUGCCAAGGAAUGAAUAUAUGGACUGGGGAGUGUUCCAGUUGGAUACUGUCAUAGAGAGAAUAGACUAUGCUGGAGACAAUUUUAAAUCUCUCACUCGUUUUGGUGAUCACGCUCUUCAUCACCUGUUUCCCACAUUGGACCACGCAGAGUUGAAAUACUUGUAUCCAAUUUUCAUAGACCACUGCAAGAAAUUCGACACACAACUUCGUACGACGACAUUUUAUCAAGCACUGCUCAGUAAUGUAAAACAAAUCAUUAGGAAAAGGCCUUUGAACUUCAGGGACUCACCGCCGCGUCGGUUGAACGGCGUGAAAAUGAAUUUUUAUUCAAAUAAAUAAAAUCAUUAUAAAAAAGAUAACAAUCUCAUUAAUUUAAUAAUAUUGAUUACUAUUUUUAAAAUACAAUUUCAUUUCAUUAUAUUUAGUUAAAUAAACCUCAUCGUGUCGUUCCUGGCGCAAAGGUGCCCAUCAUGCUUGCAGCAAUGGCACGCUAGAUGGC